GAUGUUGAAGAUGAUCAUGGUAAUAAAUGCCAACGCCAUCAUCAUCACCGUGGUCGUCAUCAACAACAACAAGAAGGAGCAGAAGGAGAAGAAGCAGCGGAUGAAGUGGAUGGUGAAAGUGGAUAUGGUGCAUCGUGUUCUUCAUCCUCUGUUAAACUUAAUCAUACUUGUAACAAAAACAAUAAUAUUAGGAAUAAAAAGAACAAUAAUACUACCACGGCUACUGCAACACCACCACCAACUACUGCUACUACUAAUAAUAAUAGUAAUACCAGUAAACGUGACAAAAGACGUCGUCGGAAUCGACUGCAUCAUCAUCAUCACCACCAACACCAUGAUCAUCCUCAACGACGGACAAAUAGUAUGGGUACAGAUACAACUGAUCACUUGUCAAUCAUUGAUGAUGACGCCGACGCCGAUGACGUUGAUGGUGUCGAUAAUCAUCAUCAUCACUAUCGAUCAAGGAAUUCAUCAAUAAAUUUCACUAAUCAUCUUGCUAUUUCUGAUUGGACAAAUGAAAAUAGUAGUAGUAGUGCUAAGCCUAGUAGUAUAACACGACAUAAACGAAAUCGUGUACGAAUUUUAGAUAACUCAUCGAAUCCACUGACAAGUAUGCCCACUGGUACGGCUACAAUAGGAACAACAACGACACAAAAUCUACAAAGACAAACAGCGAUUGAUCGGUCCUGUGUCAGUACUACUAAUAAUAAUAGUUGUUGUAAUGGUAGUACAUCAGCUUUAUUGUGUAAUAAUAAUAACCUAAAUCAACACUGUUAUCACCACGACCAUACCCACGCCUAUCAUCAACAUCGGCAUUCAACGACAAAUGAUAAUGAGGCAUCACUCAUCACAAAUCAUCGUUAUUCUACAUCUUCAACGUGUAAUUGUUGUUCUGGAGUAGCAGAUUUUAAGUGUAGGUAUUCAUUAAUUGAUAUCCCACCGGGUGAUUUAAUCAAUAAUAAUAAUACUUUGUCAGAGGUGGUGACACCGUCAUCGUUACCUAUGAAUAGUGAUAAUAAUGAUAAUGAGGAGACAGAAGGUCAAGAAGAAGAAGGUGAUGAAGGACAAAGAAGAAUCAGUAUUCUGAGUGAUAGUCAUGUGAUGAUGAUGAAUUGUCUUCUAUCUGAUAAUCUGAUUGCGUCAUCUACUAGUGGUACUACUACUACAACCAAUACCACAACUUCAGUGAGACCAGUUCAUUCUAAUCGACACACUUCCAAUGGAUCACAGAGUACACGAUCAAAUGUAUCUAACAUUCCAUGUAUAUUUACUGCUUAUCCUAAUCAUCAUGAGAAUAACUGCCACAAUUUCACUACACCAUCAUCAUGUACACAGUCGUCUGGUCGACGUUCAUCGGCUAUCAGUGCUUAUCAUCAAACAUCAUCAUCCUCUGGAAUAACAACAACAACAGGAGGAGGUUCAUCUAUCUCUGAUCAAAUGCAUAAAUCUAACCAUUUGUCACAUCAUACAAAUCGUGUACAUUCAUUAACAAAUAACAAUAAUAAUGGUAAUAAUAAUGUUUAUUGUGAUUCUCCACCUGAGUCGUGUUCAAGUUCAGUUAGAUUAAAUUAUCAAUCAGAUCAUUACUAUGGACAUAAUAAUAAU